UAGUAAAGAGGGAGAAAAGAGUAGGGAUCCCAGCUGUUACAAUUCUGGGAGACACUGAAGGGCGAGUGUGAAAGAGGAGAACCAAAAACAUUAAAAAAAAAAAAAAAACAAACCCUGAUUUUCCCACAAUCUGAUUUCUUUUUAGCCUUCAUGUUAGCAGGCAGUGAAGAAUGGGAUCCCACAUACAUUUGUGGAAAAAAAAAAAAAAAAGAUUAGGGGAGUGAAAGAAGCCACAGAAGGGCCUGAUCCUUUUGCUAUCUUUUAUCCAUCUCUUCCCCCUCGGGUUGAAGGGAUGAAUGCAGGAAAGCCCCUGGCCCCCUCCCACAGAAUGUCAGCCAGUGAGGUCUGUUUCCUGAGUACGGAGGGCGGCACUGAGAAGAGCAGCAGAUCGGCUAAGCCCACACCCCCAUUACCAUAACCUCUCUGGCUCUUCUCGGACUCUCCGAACAGGACACACCCUUGCAGCCCCAGAUAAACAAGCUAAAGUUUAGGUAUCUCUAUGUCAACCAGUCCCAAUUCCAUGAUGGGGCUUAGCCCCUCUGAGACCCCCUCCUCAAUGCUCUUCAGUGAUCUGGACGACCUCCAUAACUGGACAGAACUGAUACAUUUCUUCAAUCAAACCUUUUCUGAGUGUGAAGUCAAGCUCAAUGAAAAUGCCAAGCGGGUGGUCCUUUUUGUACUCUACCUGGCCAUCUUUGUGGUUGGACUAGUGGAGAAUCUGCUAGUUAUCUAUGUCAACUGGCGAAGCUUGGGCCAAGGGAGACUGCUCAAUCUCUAUGUCUUCAACAUGGCUGUUGCCGACCUGGGUAUCAUCCUGUCUUUGCCUGUGUGGAUGCUAGAAGUCACCCUGGACUACACCUGGUUGUGGGGCAGCUUCUUCUGCCGCUUCACACACUACUUUUAUUUUGCCAACAUGUACAGCAGCAUCUUUUUCCUAACCUGCCUCAGCAUAGACCGCUAUGUCACACUCACCUCCUCAUCCCCUUUCUGGCAGCACCAUCAGCACCAGGUACGGAAAGGCCUCUGUGCAGCCAUUUGGGUCCUUUCUGCCCUCAUCCCACUGCCAGAGGUGGCUCACAUCCAUCUGGUGGAAGCCAUGGAUCCAAUGUGUCUGUUCUUGGCCCCAUUUGAGACAUACAGUUCCUGGGCAUUGGCAGUCACCCUCUCCACCAUAGUCCUGGGCUUCCUACUGCCCUUUCCGCUUAUGGUAGUUUUUAAUGCACUGACUGUUUACAAGCUCCAUCAGGCAGGACGACCAGAGGCUCGGCGCCACGGCCUUUUGGUUUGUGCCUAUGUGGCUGUUUUUGUGGUCUGCUGGGUGCCCUACCAUGUCACACUGUUGCUGCUCACACUACAUGGGAACCAUAUCUUCCUCCACUGCUACCUGGUCCAUGUCCUCUAUUUUUUCUAUGAUGUCAUCGAUUGUUUAUCAAUGCUGCACUGUGUCGCUAACCCUAUCCUCUACAACUUUCUUAGUCCCAGCUUCCGCAGCCGGCUGAUGGGUGCGGUGGUCCACUAUAUGCCUAAGGACCAGACCAGGAAAGGCAGGGCUUCUUCCUCCUCCUCUACUACCAAGCAUUCGAUCAUCAUUACUAAGGAGGGAGCCCAAGUCAACUAGACAGGAACCUCUCCUCCCAACCCCCUAAGUCUGAGUCUACACUUUCAAAAAUCUGCCUCAUCUUCCUUAAUCCUAAACACCCCAUUUCUCCCCAUCCCUCAAUCUCAUAUGUCCAACCCUAAUGGAUUUGUGUUUCAGAAUUUGCUACUGAAAAGUGAUAGUUUUCCAGACUUAAAAGGAAUGCAAAAAAGCAAAUCGGAUCACAAAAAGGUGGACACAACACUAAAAACCAAAGAAGGAGAAGGCAAAAGAUGGGACACUUAUGAUCAGUGAUUAGCAGCAAGUUAAUUGUAGUACAUGUUGAAAUUGUGAACAGACACACAGAAUUAUGACUAUUUUUCCAAUUCAAUUUGUCUGUGGAUUUGAAAUCAGGAAAGAUUCUUCAGAACUAUCUAUUUAAAGGUCAGGGAGAAGAGAGCAAAAGUGAGAAUCAUCUGGACACCUUAGCUUGGAAUAACUGACAUUUCAGAAGCAGAGGAAGGAGGGAAGAACAGGGAAAUGGAGAUUCAGCAAAGCAAACUAGAAACAUCAUAAAUCACCCUGACCAGGACAAAUUUGGCAGUAGCCUCAGAUUUUUUCCCCCCAUAUAUAUUGAACUCCCUGAAUUGUCCUGGAUCUGAGGACAGGAUGCUAGAAGCCAAAGAGCUGGGAGGCCACAAGCAGGAUAUCCCUAAGGCCCCAGUGUUUUGAACUCAAGAGUAUAUAUCUUUAGUGUAAGGGUAAGUAAGGCAGAGGUAGGGGAGCUAAGAAGCUGGAUCAAGAUUGCACUUCUACUCCCAAUACUACUGGAAAUAGCCUUCCCCUGGCAUGGGUUUGAAAAGUUCAGUAUUGGGACCCACUGGCCAGUUAUAACAUCCAUUUCAAUUCUGUUCUCCUUUUUGUAUUUCUUUUAAGUCAAAUGUACAUUUUACUUUUCUAUGUAGAUGUAUCAAUAACUUAUAUAUACAGUUAGCCUGGGGAAAAGGCUAGUUGAGGAACUGUUUCAGCAUUAAUGAGAGAUUUUUAGGCUAAUUGAAACUAUAAGACUAAGUCUCUGUUGCCUUGUCAAGUCCUGGAUUCAUAAUUCUCCUCAGGGAAGAAUAAGCAAAUAGUAAACUUAAUGUCUGGUACAUACCCUAUUUACACACCUAUUCCCCCUGAUUAAAGCAAUCAGUAGGCAUAGAAUCUCUCUACCAGAACAAGAGUUUGUAUUCUGAAGUCCAUGAACUUGUUUUCUAAAGUAUUUUGAUAAAUAUAUUUUAAUAUCAUUGAUUGUCUUUGUAGCUAUGUAUUUUAUUUUAUGCAUUUAAAAAUGUUAUUCUGAGAAAGGGUUCAGAGGUUUCAGAGAUUGCCAAAGGGGUCCAUGACACAAAAAAGGUUAAGAAUCUGUUAUUUAAAAUAACCAUCCUUGUAUUUUGGAUUUGUAUUCUAACUCCUAGAAGCUGAACCAGAUGAAUUAAACAUGUACCCCAAUGUGAUUAAAUAUACCUAAGUCUCUUCCUGGAAGGAUGGUUGAUAAUCUGUAGCCAAGACUUUAUAAUAAGUGAACUUUGUGUUUGCCCAAAAUGAUCUUGAGUUAUAGGCCAAAUGCUUAGGAUUUGAUCAAAUCAUAUUUCCAGAAAAAAGACUUCUGAUCCCUUAGAAAAUGUCAUUACUUCUCUAAGUUGGGGUCCUGCUGGCUGACCCAGUAAAUACCUCUCAAUCCUUCUUAAGGUUAUCAGCACACACUAUUUCUCUCAAGACCUUGCUAGUCUAACAGCACCAGAAGCAACUGGCUGUCAUUCAGAUAACAUGAUUAAUUAGGGGAAUCUUUCCAUUUUAUGGGAUAGCAGAUACUAGAAGGGCUCAUUUUGCUUAAAUUUCUCUAGUAUUGACCCCAAGUUGUCCAAGAUAUACUUUAACACCAAAAGGGAAGGUACAAGUUUCCUUGUUAAUGGAAAUUCAUUUUUACUAACUUCGUGGAAUUUUACACCUACUGCUCCUGUUUAAUCUGUUUCCUGUCUGUUUAAUUUCUAUUUCUGCAUAUAACUUAAGACCAUAGGGAAUUAAAUAGUAUUAAUUUUCU